AUGGGAAUACAAUACCCUGUGAAUCCUCAGAAGAGGAGGUAUAAUCCUGAGUGGGAGGAUAGAUUUCCUUGGUUGCGUUAUUCGGAAUCAGAAGAUGGGGCAUACAGCUCAUGCUGUUUUACCUUUGCCAAUGUGUCUACUUCGAAUGACCCACUAGUUUCUGCUCCUUUCAUGGACUGGAAAAAUGCUAUAGGUGCUAAAAGAGGCAUUCUCACAAACCAUGAGCUGACAAAGUGUCACAGGAGUUCAUUGGUCGCCGCCGAAAACUUUAUGCUCGUGGCUAGAAAAGAGAAAGAGUCUAUCAAAGAAUCCCUGAAUCGUAGCUACUCAGAAAAAGUUCAGAAAAACAGAGAUACCCUAUGUUCUAUUCUUGACGUGGUGAUUCUUCUAGCCAAAAGAGGUAUUCCAUUCAGAGGAAGGUGGGACAAAUCUGCUAAAAGAGAUAAUGGUAAUUUUGAAUAUUUUAUUCACUGGCUGGCAAAAUAUGAUAACAACCUGUCUGAUCACUUGUCGUCGGCUGCAAAAAACGCACACUAUUUAUCGCCACAAGUCCCAAACGAAAUGAUAGAUUGUCUUGGUGAGGUUAUUCGCAGUACCCUUGUUUCAAAUGUCAAUCAGAGCAAGUUCAUCAGCAUCAUGGCGGAUGAAACAACUGAUGUAUCGACGAUAGAGCAACUGUCUGUCUGUGUACGAUACCUUGGCAUGUCAUCUGCUACCAACAAAGUUGAAGUCGAUGAAGUCUUCCUGGGGUUUGUACCGCUACCGAGAACUGAUGCAGCUACCAUAUCCGAUCUCUUGAUUAAUCACCUUGUUAAAUGGGGUGUCGAUCUUGAGCGUCUCCGUGGAAUGGGGUUUGAUGGGGCGUCGGUAAUGAGUGGAGUUAAUGCAGGAGUCCUGGCAAGGAUCACUGCCCGAUUUCCAAAAGCAAAGUACUUUACCCAUUGCUCAAGCCACUGCCUAAACCUAGUCAUCGUCGCAAGCUGCAAUGACGUGCGUGAAAUCAGCAACUUUAUGACAAUGUCCAGCAAGUAACACUGUUUUUUUCUUACUCUGCCAAGAGAAAAGAUAUUCUAAAGGAGAAAAUGGGUGCGGCUUCCGAUGCUGAAGAACUUCUGGCAGACUGUACGUUGGAAGAGCACGAAGAGGAAAAUCUUUCGUCCACCUCAAACCGUGAAUGUUUACCAACCUUGAGCGACACACGCUGGCUUUCACGAGUUGAUUCCAUCAGUACCCUUUUGGUGAAUUACUCAGCUAUAUACGAUUCUGUAUCUGAAGUCAUGCUGCAGUCAACAGGCAAGGCAUCCCAUGAUGCAUCCGCCUUUUUACGUGCCAUGGAGCAGUUCCAUUUCAUUAUUUCAGUGGUGCUAACUCAAUACAUCCUGGGUUAUACACGUCCUCUAUCCGUUCUGCUCCAAUCAAAGUCGUGCGACUUAAUAAAAGCCCACGACGAAGCAAGACACCUUGUGUCCGUUUUAAACGGCGUAAGGAGUGAGGAAAAGUUCAAGAUGCUUUUCGAUAGAGCUGCCACAAUAGCUAAAACAAUCGAUGUAUUGCCUUCCAAACCCAGAACCACUGGCAGACAGGCCCAUCGUGCAACCGCACGUGCUGAAUCAAUUGAAGAAUUUUACAGGUAUUUACGUUUUUGAUCACGAUGUCAAUAAGAAAAGCAAAUAAUUUUUACUUGAAAGUUUUAAAUCAAUUCGUGUUGUUGUCGUUUUCCUAAACUAAUCAUUUGUAUUAUUUUGUUAUAUUUGCUUGUUAUUUCUAAGGCUGA